AUGAGAUCACAGAUUGUUGAUAUUACACCGACAACACAGGCCGAGUCUGUUCAGCGGCAUGCUGAUGGCAGUCUCGGUGAAGUGGAAAAACCUGACCCUACGCCGCCUCGACAGGAUGCCUUUGGUGAUGAGGAACAUGCGGAGGUCAAGUACAAUGUUUUAACAUGGCGGCAGGGUGGCCUUCUCAUGGUUGCUGAGACCAUUUCCUUGGGCAUUCUCUCUCUUCCAGCCGCCAUUGCUAGUUUAGGUCUCAUCCCAGGACUCAUUGUUCUCAUUGGACUGGGCGUCCUCGCUUAUGCCGGUGAGAUCCUGAUAGGCCGAUUUGGUCGUGAGUUGUUCGGUACAGGGCAAUUGCUGUUCUUGAUCUUCAUCAUGGCGAGUCAUAUCUUGACAUUCACUGUUGCCCUCAAUACUAUCACUGGCAUUUUCAGCGCCAUUAUGAUUGCAAUGAUCGCCCUUGGCAUUCAGAACAAGGGAUCUAUUCUCCAGCCGACCGUUGAGACCAACUUGGUUACAGAAUUUACGGCCGCUACCAAUAUUGCGUUCUCUCAGCCACAGCACAUUUUCUACCUUUAUGGCAGAGCUCAAAGACCCAAAAGACUUCCCAAGGCCCUUGCCCUGCUACAAACUAUCGACAAGACUCUAUAUAUCAUUGCUGGAGUUGUUAUCUAUCGGUAUGCCGGUGCCGAUGUCACGUCCCCGGCACUGGGCUCUGCUGGCCCGCUGAUCUCCCGAAUUGCCUAUGGCGUCGCUCUUCCCACCGUAAGACCACCCUGGAUGGCUCCCCACGUCGCCGCAAAUUCAAUCUAUAUUCGCAUCUUCGCUGGAAGCGACCGCAUGCACAAGCGUGAUUUUGUCGCUAUCGGCUCCUGGGUUGGCCUGGCCGUCUGCUUGUGGAUCGUUGCGUGGAUUAUUGCCGAGGCCAUUCCCGUAUUCAGCAGCCUCCUGAGUCUUAUUACUGCUCUAUUCGGUAGCUGGUUCACCUUUGGAGUUACUGGUAUGUUUUGGCUCCACAUGAACAAGGGAUUGUGGUUUUCCUUACCCAAGAAGAUCGCUGUGACGCUCCUCAACGCUUUCGCUAUCUGCGUUGGCAUUGUCCUAUGUGGUCUAGGUCUUUGCACUUCUGGAAAGUCCAUUCAUGUCAACCCAGGCAGUUCGAGUUUCUCGUGUGCCAACGCCGCAUAG